CCCCUUCCUCCCUUUCUUAGUUUCAUUUUCACUAGCCACACUAACCCCGUUUUCAGGAAGCUUUAGCUAAAGUCAUGGAUUCCAGAUGCAUGGAAAUAGCUGCCCUGGGAAGACCUCUAUAUCCUGGCAUGUUGUAUGAUUGCCGGAGUGACUCCUUUAUUCCAGGUGUUACAUUAUGGAAUAAGAAUGCAUUGCGUGAUGACCUUGAUGUGCGUCCUAAGCCGAAAACCCAUCUAGAUUUUGCUGCCUCUGACAGUCUCAGUGAAAAGGCAAACCUCCUAGAUAUAAAUGCUUCCCUUGAAGCCAGUUUUCUAAGUGGAUUGGUGGAAGUUGGAGGAUCAGCCAAGUACCUGCUAGAUACCAAAUCCUCAACACGUCAGUGCAGAGUUACUAUGCAGUACAGCCAGACAACAAAAUUUGAGCAGCUCACUAUGAAGGAGCUUGGUAAUAUCACCUAUCCAGAAGUAUUUGACCAGAAAACAGCCACGCAUGUAGUUACAGCAGUACUGUAUGGAGCUCAGGUUUUUAUGGUGUUUGAUUAUACCAGUGCAGAAAAUGAGAGCAAACAGGAAAUUGAAGGAAACCUUCAUGCACUGGUCAAGAAGGUCCCUAAUUUUUCCCUAGAUGGGGAAGCAUCCCUAAACAUGACUGAAGAUGAAAAAAAAAUGGCUAAAAAUAUUAGCGUCAAAUUUUAUGGUGACAUUGAGCUUGAAGAAAACCCCACAACAUACAAGGAAGCCCUGGAUGUGUACAAGAAGGUGCCCGCUCUGAUGAAGCAACAACAAGAUAAAGGUGUGCCUCUGACCGUGUGGCUAUAUCCUCUCAAUCUUUUAGAUAGUAAGGCUGCAGAGUUGGUGAGGGAAAUCUGUUUAAACAUGGUGUGUGAAACAGAAAGUUUGCUGGAGGACCUUGAUGAAAUGGAGAGGAUAUGCAAAGAUUUGAUGAAAAGACAAAUAACGGAUGAGUUCCCUGACCUAAAAAACAGGUUGCUGAAGUUUCAUGCAUUACACAAGAAUUACAAAUGUUCAUUCAAGAAUGCACUGUUCAGAGUGCUGCCAGCUAUUCGGGGUGGGAGACAAGAAGACAAGGCACUGGGGGACAUCCUGAACAUCCAUUACAGAUCACCCUUCAAUGUAAGCAACAUGAGCAAAUGGUUAGAUGACAUUACAUCUGAAUUAAAUAUAUUGAGCUCCUAUACCAGUGGACUGAAGGACCUCGCAGUUAUAAAAUCAUCGGGGUCACUCAAUUCCAUCUGUCUUCAUCCUGAUGUUGAUGCAGUGGUAUGUUUGUCAUUUACAUCUCUAAAUUAUGAAGACGCUUACCUUGCAGCUCUAGAAGAGUUUAAGAAAUCUGAAGCAUUCACGAUGUUGCGGCAGACAAGUGAGAGAGAUUUCAUUCUCCAUGCAGCACAGCCUUGGUUUACUUCUCCAGACAUUUCUGCAAGGAUGAAGCAGAAUCUUUCUCUCUUUACAACUUUUUCAAUGGCCAAUAAAAAUGAGAAGAGAAUCAAAUUCAUCAUUGCGUCCAUAUCUGAUCCCAGCAAUCCUGGAACCUCCAUCCAACUUUAUCAGAAUGGCAGUCUAAAAAAUCCUAAGUUCCAGCCUGUAUCCAAACCUCCCAAACCUGUGGUGGAGACCAGUGAUGGGAAAGUCACCCUGAAGCUUUCAAAAUCCCCAACUGGAGAAACAGUACACUUCAGAGUUGAGUACAGGCUGACACCUUCAACUGAUUCUGAAACUGAUGUUGAGGAAUGGACAACCAUAGACACGUCAAAUAUGCAGAAUAUCUUCACUUUGGCUGGACUAAAGCAAGAAGAACAAUACUGGGUUCGAUACAGAGCUGUUAGUAAUGAGGGAAUAAGUGAUGCCAGUGAUUCUGUUCACUUCAUCUUUCGUAGGAAGCUCAAUGUCACAGUGGACCAAUGGAACUUCUCCAUGCCCACCCUUAUUAAUGAACAAAGGACUAAAAUAAUGACCACUAUCGGCAUGUCAAGAUGGUCUCCAUCUACUAUCAUGUCAGAAGUUACAAAUGUUGUCAACAAUCCUAUCAUUCCUUACACUGAGGAAAUCCAUGGAGGAAUGGCUUUGUACCUCCAAGGGGUUGUUUCUGCAAAAACGUUGUUAUUGGCUUACCUACUUGGGCUGAAGGGUGAUGACAUUACUUUUCACUUCAGUCGUUGGUUCAAUAUAGAUGAGUUCUUUGGUCAGAAUAGUGAAAUGGUAUGCUGUGAAAUUUCCAAAGGAUCUGCUUUUGACAUCUUUAUUGUGAAAAACACAGAAGGCUAUGAGGUAUAUAUAAAUGGUCAGAGGUCUCCAAAGCAGUUCAAUCAUCGCAUACCAAUGGAGAAUUUGACUACACUUGUAAUUUCUGGAGAUGUCAUAAUGAACACUAUUGGUAUUGUUGCAAACUGGAGCACAUCUACUUUUGGUAAGGAAAUAAUCACUGGCAUCUCACGCACAAAGAGUUCUGACAUCCAGUCUGAUGUGCCGCAUCCAGUCUGCAACCCUCACAAACCAUAUUUGGAAUCAAUUCCUGGAGUCUUGAGACCUGGUGUGGCUUUGUUUUUCCAAGGGAUUGUUCCGGCAGAUUGUAAUUGCUUUGAAAUAAAUUUGCAGACUGGGCCGAAUUUGCAGACCCUUCAUGACAUUGCUCUCCACUUUAAGCGAGGCAAGGACUCUGUGGUCCUUAACAGCUGCAGGAAUGGAACAUGGGAACAUGAAGAGAAGGCACCAGAAAACCCAUUUGUCCAAGGAGGAGCUUUUGAUAUCAUCAUAGUGAUUAAACCAGAAUGUUAUGAGAUGAUGGUGAAUGGCCUGGAGUACUGCAGUUUCAAGCACCGUAUAUUGGUGGACAAUGUGACUACACUUUACAUCAGGGGAGACAUCUUCAUGAAUACCUUUGCCCUUACUGAAGUGGAGGAUAUUAAUCUGAAAGUCACCAAUCCUGCCAAUAUUUGAGGAUUUGAAACUUUUGCAAAAUCAAUUACUUUUUUUUGUUAUAGAAAGUAUAUCAGAAUCACAUGACAUGAAGACAUGAUUUGUCUUUUUAUUAAUCAAUUACAUUUUUUGCUACUGACCAUUCUUAUGAGAUUUUUCUUGCUUAUUGUUUUUUUAAACGAUUGCCAUAUAUUGUUUACUACAGAUUUAUUGUACCUUCAUUUUUGUUCACUUCAUCUUUAAAGCAGUAAUUAGAGCAUUAGGGCAUUAGAGCAAUUAGUCCAUGGCUAAAACAGACUUAACUACGUAGGAUUACUGUUCCAAAUGAUGAGAUGUUUACCACGUAAAAAGUCAUAUCCUUCUCCAUGAACUUAGGUUAUGAAUAUAAAUACAGUGAAGUAGAGGGUAAUAAUUAGCUACUGGAACAAAGCAAGUGUUCACUAGUUAAUUGUUCUUAUCAUUUUAAAAAAUCUGAUUAAAAACCUCUGCACAUCCUUUCACACUAACACCAAAUGUGAGGUUGAAGUGGACACAGAUUAUUAUUUAAGUUGUCAGUUCCUCCUUAAAUACUGAUGCAAAUAAUGUAUUGCACCUGUAGAGAGUGCUCAUUACACAUUUCUAAAAACAUGAUCUAUGUACAGUACUGUAAAGCAGAACUGUACUGGCUAAUUUUACCUCUUGCACAAAUGUAUUAUGCUUGCUUUGUUAAUAUUAUGAACUGAGAAACAAUUUACUUCUUGAUUAAAACAUUUUAACAAUGUACUGAUAAUAAUCAUGGAAUUAAAAGCUAUAAAACCAAUAAAAUAAUACAUUUACAUUUGUGGUUGAAUGUGACAAAAUGUGCAAAAGUCCAAAGGGUAUGAAUAUUUUUGCAAGGCACUGUAUCCACACACACACACACACACACACGUUAGAGGCAGGAAAAAAUGGGCAAGCAUAAGUUUGACAUGGGCCAAAUUGUGAUGGCUAGAUGACUGGAUCAUCUCCAAAACUGCAGCUCUUGUGGGGUGUUCUCGGUCUGCAGUGGUCAGUAUCAAUGGUCCAAGAAAGGAACAGUGGUGAACCAGUGACAGGGUCAUGGGCGGCCAAGGCUCACUGAUGCAAUUGGGAAGCUAAGGCUUGCCCGUUUGUUCCAGCCUGAAAUUUUUUCUUCAUUUCACUCUGAAGCUUUAUUUCACUCUGAAUCUUAGGAUGCUUCAUGAGAAGGCCUGCUAUAGGUUUUUUUGUCUAAAAUCCUCUUGUCCUCUUCUUUAAUAUUCUUUAGUGCUAAUGGUGUUAACUUUAUGUUGUGUGCUUAUCAUACUAUAUCCUACUCUACCACAAUAUACUUUAAGGCCUUACUUGUAAAAGAUUGAUGGUUUCCUACAUCUUACCAUAAUAAAU